AAGAAUUUGUCUGUAUCUUUCUGGAAUUCCUAUUGGAUGCUGCCCUCUGAUGUUUGUGGAAUGAACUGCUUUUGGGAAGCUGCUUUUAGAUACUAUUAUAUGAAACCACAUCCUUCAGAGAAAAUGCAUCUAGCAGUGGUUGCCUGUGGUGAAAGACUGGAGGAGACUGUUACUAUGUUGAGAUCAGCCAUUAUUUUCAGCAUCAAACCUCUGCAGUUUCAUAUUUUUGCUGAGGACCAGUUGCAUAAGAGUUUCAAAGACAUACUUGAUGACUUCCCCUAUGAAGGAAAAGUUAAUUACACUUUAUAUCCAAUAACAUUUCCAACUGAGAGUGCAGCAGAAUGGAAGAAACUCUUUAAACCAUGUGCUUCGCAAAGGCUAUUCUUGCCAUUAAUCCUCAAAAAUGUGGAUUCACUACUGUAUGUUGAUACUGAUAUCCUGUUUUUGAGACCUGUUGAUGAUAUUUGGUCUUUUCUGGGAAAGUUCAACUCCACACAAAUUGCUGCGAUGGCACCGGAACAUGAAGAACCUCGUAUUGGGUGGUAUAAUCGCUUUGCUAGACAUCCCUAUUAUGGAGUAACUGGAAUAAAUUCUGGAGUCAUGUUGAUGAAUAUGACACGUAUCAGAAGAAAGUAUUUCAAGAACGAUAUGACACCGGUCCGGUUGCAGUGGGGAGAAAUUCUUAUGCCACUGCUGAAGAAGUACAAGUUGAACAUAACAUGGGGUGAUCAGGAUCUGUUGAACAUUAUGUUUUUUCACAAUCCAGAAAGCCUUUAUGUCUUUCCAUGCCAAUGGAAUUAUCGGCCUGACCACUGCAUCUAUGGAAGCAAUUGUAAGGAAGCUGAAGAAGAAGGUAUAUUUAUUCUUCAUGGAAACAGAGGUGUUUACCAUGAUGAUAAACAACCAACUUUUAGGGCUGUCUAUGAAGCCAUAAAAAAUUAUUCAUUUGGAGAUGAUCUGGUUCAUUCCCUGUUGCAGCCCCUAGAACUGGAAUUACGGAAAACCAUGCAUACGUACUGUGGAAGAGUAUACAAAGUGUUCAUAAAGCAGCUAACAAAAAGCAUAAGAGACUUGAUUGCCAGAAGAUCAAAGGGAAGGUGAUUUUUUUACUCCAAGCUGUUAAAUCAAGAGACUGAAUUAACAUACUGGUCAAAAGGUGCAGAAAUUCUAAUAUGGCUUGAGUUGGCUCUUAAUGUGCCCAGAUAAAAGUUUACUAUCAUUCAUAAAAAUGAAGAAAUAUUCACGUAAUGAAGAACAGAAACUUUUUUUCUGCAAAGGUGACUUUUUGCUCUUUUGCGUUUUAAUCACUGCUAAUGUUUAUCUUGGAUCCCAUGAUUUGGGUGUUACUGACUUCUAUAGUCAGUAGUUUUAGUCUGCAUAAUUCAGUUAUCUAAUGAUGAAAUGAACAAGGAAGAAAUGAAGAUGGCUCUAUUUGUGAGUGUACCUCGUAUAUUGUCUA